UCACCGAACCAUCGAUCUACCACUUGCCAUCCAACCUCAUCUCGUCCCCAAGUUUAUCCCAUCCUCUUCCAUCUUCCAUCCUCGUCAACAACCGCUCCAUCUCCCGGCGCGAUAUUUUCUCUGUAGCUGCAGUCCCUUGACAGGGUUGCUCACGCGUCUUCUUCCUACGCCGGUUACUCGGCAGAUAAUCGCGUCGCGAAUCAACACUCACCACCGUCGCAGCGUAUCGGUCAGAUCAAGCCCCGUUUGUCAUGGCGACUACCGCGAUGGACUACGAGAAUGCCAAUGGCGACCGCUUCGAUGACGAUGGCCCCCGUUACGAGCGUGAUCAGCGCAGCGCUUCUCCCAGAGCAUCACGCGACGACGGAAUUGAGAGUGGUCGCCGUCGCUCUGCUUCACCUUCUGCCAACCAAGACCGUGGCCCCAAGGAUGAGAACGGCAGCAAGGAUGAGGAUGGCUCCAUCAAUCCCGGGUCGAACCUUUUCGUGACUGGAAUCCAUCCCCGACUGACCGAGGUCGAGGUCACGCGGCUUUUCGAGAAAUACGGAGAGGUUGAGAAGUGUCAGAUCAUGAAAGACCCUCACACCAAAGAAUCUCGUGGUUUUGGUUUCGUCAAGAUGGUGACGUCCGAGCAAGCCGAUGCAGCCAAAGAUGGACUACAAGGGGAGGAUGUCGAGGGUCGAACGCUAAGUAUUGAGAAAGCCCGUCGGGCCCGACCUCGAACCCCCACUCCCGGCAAGUACUUUGGCCCCCCGAAGAGAGAGAGCCGUCCCCGCUAUGACGAUCGACGCCGUGGAGGUGGCUACGGCUAUGGUGCACGUGAUGAUCCUUACCGCUACCGAGGCUACGACCGUCCACGUUACGAGGAUCGUGGCGAUCGUGGAUACCGCGAGGACCGUGGAUAUGACCGUAACUACCGCGAUGGCAGAGGCGGUUACAGUGGCCGUGAAGAGCGCGGUGGCUAUGACCGCAACUAUGAUCGCGGUUACGGCCGAGAGGAGCGACGCGAGCGCGAGGAGGGUUACAACCGAAUCGACCGCUAUGCUGGUGGUCGUGAGGAUCGUGACCGAUGCCCGUGAGACCUACGGAGGUGCGCCCUGAUCAUCGACAAGGACCAUUUCGACGAUCCGGCCUGCCGCUGCUAAUGCGUCACCCAGGAAACGAUCACUAUGUGCAUUGAGAGCAUUUUCCGAGAUGUACUCUCGCAUUCGCCUCUGCAUAGCAGAACUUUCGGUGACGGUACUCAGGCAUCUCGUUAUCUAGUGUCUUUCCUCUUCGGACAUGCGAGUACGGCGG